GCGUCGUCUGUUGCAGCGCGACGAGAGUCGUCCACGUUUCCGCGAGCAGAACCUACGUGGAUAUAUCUAGAUUGCGAUAAAAACAAGAAACAAACUUCACAAUGGCGGGACCAAUCAGAAGUGGGGAUGGGUCUGUGAUUACGGAGUGUAGCUCCGUAGCUCUCGCGUCUCUCUAGACGUCUCGCCGCAAAAGCACCCACCCGGACGCGAUUUAAAUCCCUCAAUCGAUUGCGACCGGCAGGAAUUGCAAAGAUACGCACACUCACGUUUAUUACUGCAAAAAGAAUGCCAGGUCUGUGAACGGUCGUGCGAUUGAUUGCGUGAGGAGCGGCGAAACGUUGCAAAAUGCAGGAACAACAAUGCGACACGUGCCGGGAAGACGAGUUCUAUACCGCGGCCGCCAAGUAUUGGGAUCGCAUUCCGCCCACGAUAAACGGAAUGCUGGGAGGUUUCGGUUUCAUCUCGCAUUCGGACAUAAGAGGAUCCAGGAUCUUCCUGAGGUCGAUCUUCGAGUUGCAAGAUCCACCUUCCAAGUCAUUUGCCUUGGACUGCGGUGCUGGUAUAGGAAGAGUUACCAAAAAUUUACUGAUAAAACACUUCGCGCGCGUGGAUCUCGUCGAACAAAAUCCCAAGUUCCUGGAAGUGGCCAAGAUCGCUUUGGAGAAUCAUUCUUCAAAAGUCAAUCAGUAUUAUGCUAUUGGUUUGCAAAACUUUUGUCCUGUGGAAAACAAAUACGACCUUAUAUGGUGCCAAUGGGUGUUGGGACAUCUGCAAGAUGACGACUUGAUAACAUUUUUUCAAAGAUGCUUAUCGGGUUUAAAAGACAACGGUGUGCUUGUAGUAAAGGAAAAUAUUACAAAGUCGAGCAAUUUAGAAAUUGAUUCCGAAGACUCGUCCGUAACAAGAUCGAUGAAAGGUUUGCGCAGUUUGUUCGAUAAAGCCAAUCUUGUUUGCAUCAAAGAGAAGCAGGAGAAGAACUUUCCGCACGGUUUAUAUCCGGUUUACAUGUUUGCCCUUAGACAAAGAAACAAAGGCAAUAAUAACAAAGAAGCCAACGACACGUAAUGUUAAACAAAUUGAAAACUAACUAGCUUUUCAUUAAUUU